ACCAAUCCAUAAACAGCAGACUAUAAGAAGCAACUGUACCAAUCGUAGAAAGUGAGGACAUAUGGCCUGAGUAGCCGGUCCACAAAAAAAUAGAGGUAGUGGUAUCAGUCCAUAACCACGGAGUAACAAGGGAAGGCCCAGGAAGCUGGAUCCCUAGGUGGUACCGUGGCAGUACCUCGACGAAGAAGAAGAAGAAGAAGAAGACGUGAAACAGUAAACAAUGCACCGCACAAUGAAUAUUGGGUGCAUUCUUUUAAAAAACUAGGAAACAGUUCGAUUCUGGUGCUGCUGAUAUCUGAGAAAACCGACCAAAACGCUUUGCAUGAAGUGCGCCAUCUAAAUGGAUUGCGUGCUAGCUACCGAAACCGGUGGCAAACUAGAAUCGGACGUGUGCCGUGGCUGUGGAGGCAAAAAUGCUACAAAACCGCUGUCUGUGUAUGGAAACAUCUUUAAAUGGUGCACCUCGAUAGAUAUUUCCUGCUCCGAUGGACUGCCAUCACACAUAUGCCACCGAUGCUUGCAGAUGCUGUCGAUCUCAUAUGAAUUUAAAGUCGCGUGCAAUCGCACAGAUAGACACUUACGCGCAAAGGCCAAUAAUGCGACGCACAUGGAGACUGGGACUUCGUCCGAAAACGUUCUUUCGGAUGAGUAUGAACAAUCUGAGCUGGUGUUCGAAGUGCAAGCGGAGGAAGUCGUGGAGGAAAUGGUUCUAACCGACAAACAGUCUUUGGAUUAUGGUUGCAAAAGCAUACCAGUGAUUGAACAAAGCAUCGCCAAGGAGACGGGUGAUGGAGAACAGGAUAAGAUAUUUGGAUUUGAACUUUUUUCGGAUGAAGGCUAUCUACUGCCUGUAGCUGAGAAACGCGAUGAAAUUUCGUCAAUGAGUGACGAGGACGAGGCCCAAGACAUUCGAGACGCGGAAGAGCAAGACAAAAAUGAAGAGCUUGUUUUAAAUGACACGGUAGACUAUCUCGAGGACACAUGCAAAGAGAGCCCAGUGUAUGAAAAAUCCGGAACCUGUGGCAAAAGUGUAUCCGUUGUAGCAUGUCUGAGGCAUGAGCCGCCAUCUGCUAAAACGCAAUCCGUGCGGCACCGUUGCCCGGACUGUGGAAAGGAGUUUGCCUCUAAAACGAACAUGUACCGGCACCAGCACGCGCACAGAGGGUCAAAACCGUACAAAUGCGACAUCUGCAAGAAAGGCUUUACACAAAGCGGGACGCUGAAGACACAUAGGAACACUCAUUUCAACAUAAAACCGUUCGUGUGUAACGUGUGUGGUCAGCGAUUUACGCAAAGCAAAUCCGUGAAACUUCAUCUUCGGCGUCAUACCGGAGAAAAACCAUUCGUUUGUGAUAUUUGCAAUGCUGCAUUCCGCCAAAAGAACGGUCUCCAGCGGCACAUGAAGGUGCACAGUGAAAAGGCAUAA